GGGAGCUAAGGGCUGAUUUUUAUCUUUUACCGGAUCGAGAAGGGGAGGAGGCACGGAGAAUGAGUUAUUCUUGUAGCAGCGCAGAGCCUGUUUGUUGCACGGUGUAUUAGCCAGCGCGCAACUAAAGGCUGCGACGCAAGUAAAUCUGCUCCUGCGGCGACGACGCCGAGAGCAUCAGAAAGCCUCAGCUCCGGUCAGGUUGCGCACCGAACAGCACCUCUUCUGUUGGACAUGAAAGUGCAGCAAGGCUGCAACUCGUCAGACAUGGGGAUCCCGGUUAGAACUGAAGAAGAAUUGCGCAGAAAUACCGUAAUAACGCCCGACGAUGUGCUCGGGCUACAGAAGAUCACCAAGAAUUAUCUUUGUUCUCCUGAAGAAAACGUCCACAUGAUCGACUUCACCAGGUUCAAGAUCCGGGACAUGGAAACAGGGACGGUCCUGUUUGAGAUCACUAAACCCCCGACACCAGCUGGAGGCAGAAAGCACUGUGACCCCAACGCCGGCCGUUUUGUCAGAUACCAGUUCACCCCGGCCUUCCUGCAGUUGCGGCAGGUUGGAGCCACGGUGGAGUUCACAGUGGGCGACACACCCAUCAACAACUUCCGCAUGAUUGAGAGACACUACUUCCGCGAUCAGCUGCUCAAGAGCUUUGACUUCGAGUUCGGCUUCUGCAUGCCCAGCAGCAAGAACACGUGCGAGCACAUCUACGAGUUCCCGGCGCUGUCUGAGGACAUCAUGCGUGAGAUGAUCCUGCACCCUUAUGAGACGCAGUCUGACAGCUUCUACUUUGUGGACAACAAGCUGGUGAUGCACAACAAGGCAGACUAUUCCUACAGCGGGGGGCCAUAGGACCACCACCUUCCACCUUCCACUCUUCCCCCGUUCUAGACAUUUUCCAUUCACCACUUCAGGACCAGAAACAGACGAGCUCAUGGACAAUUUUGCUGGCAUUAAACACUCGUGUCCCACUCCUGUUAACGCCAUUAAUUUUCAUUCAGGUAUUCAGCUGCCAGACCAAUAGAUUUCCUCCCUUUGCCUCUUUGCAGGAACAUCGAAUUCUGCCAGUUUGAUCAUCAGUGUGCAUCAGAGUGUGUGAGCGAGUGUGUGUGGGCAGUAAACACAUGCAGUGUCUGUACAUACUGUUGAUUUCAGUCUGUAUAUGUGGGUUCCACUUGAUCAUCAGGACCAUUCAUUUGCAUUUUGUGUGUUUUGAUAGCUAUUAAUAUGAAGAGAACAAGGUGACAGUGAGUCAGAAACAGACCAUGAGACAUAGAGACCCUUGAGAAGUUUAAUAAUAAUUAAUCCAUUCAGAUGUACAUUUAUAUAGUUUGUAUAGGAAGCUCAUUACAUUUUUACUCCUGAAGUUUCUUAAAUUUCUAGUAGCACACAUCUGAAUGAUUCAUUCUGUUCAUAUGAACGACAAACAGAAAUGUGUACUUUUGUCUAUGUGGAUGUGUCAUUUGUUGUAUGUUUUCAUGUAGUACUACUACUUCAGGAGUAUUUUCUAAAUAAAUAGCCACUUUGAAGUGUCAGAAAACCUAUACCAUACCAAUUUUGAUAUCCAGUACGUUCUCCGUAGUACUGAACACUGUGUAUACUUUAAUUAUGAUAAAUGUUUUAAGUAUAAAAUGAAAAAGUAUGUAAAGUUUUGACAGCGGAAAUUCCAUCACUGCAAUAAAUAUGGGAUUUUUUCGAAAUGU